UUCUCCACAGCUGUGUCCUCAGCUGCCACCUUCUCCACUCUCCCCAGCAUGCCAGUAGUCUUCCUCCUUGCCAGGACAGAGGACAGCAGGGCUGGAGCCAGAGGACAGGCUUCCUUAAAUAGCAGUCACAGAGUCCAGAGGAGCAGACAAGCUUUGGGUUCAGUUCUUUCUGCCCUUGGCAGUCACCAUGGAGAGACCUGUGGGUCAGCAGAUCCCUGGUCACAGCAGCUGUCCCCAUUCUGUCCCACAGGUUGUUAUUUCCUCCUGUAGACUGGACACCCGGUGAGCUGUAAGGAACGCUGUCAGGAUCCCGUGAGUGACACCAAGACCCACAGCUGUCAUGGGCUCCACAGAGAGAAAUGAGUUCGUUGAGUCUAUGGUUGGGUAUCUCCUGGACACGAUGGACACAGAGGUCCUGCAGUUCGUGCUGAGUGAAGAGGAAGCCUGGAAACAGCUUGUGGAAGAAGCUGGUUUGUCCAGGGAAGAGGAAGUUGUCUUGCGUGAAGCUCUUGCUGAGAUCGUUCCGGAUCCUGAUGUACAAGAUGAAGAGGACAAGAUGGAGAGGGACGAGGAAGAUGACUUACGUGAUGCUCACAGUGAGACCACAGUGGAUAGUGAUGUAGAUGAUGAAGAUGACCUCCAAAAUGCCCUGCAGGAGAAGGAAAGCUUUUUGAAAGUUUAUCCUCGGGUGAAAUUGGAGCUCGAGGAGCGCAUCAGGAAGCUCCACGCCCUUGCAGACAAGAUUGACAAGGUGCACAAGGACUGCACCAUCACACAAGUGGUGGCCAGCUCCACUGGUGCUGUGUCUGGAGUCAUGACGAUCCUUGGUCUCGCUCUGGCACCUGUGACAGCAGGAUUCAGUCUGGGACUUUCAGCCACAGGCUUGGGGCUUGGGGCAGCAGCAGCUGUGACGAGUGUUUCCACAACCAUUGUGGAAGCCGUAAGCACGGCGUCGGUAGAAGCUGAAGCCAGCCAGCUUCUGCCAAGGAGCAACGUCACUGACAAUGACAUUAAAAGCAACAACACUGAGAAGGUCAUUAAAGAAGUUUUGGAGAAGAACACCCUCAGGCUUAUUUCUGCAUCUAAGAAUUCCUUCCGGAACCUGGAAGUCAUGAAGAAGAACAUUGAUGCCAUCAAGCUGACCAAAGCCAGCCCUCGCCUGACAAAUAGUGCUAAGCGUCUAAUGACCACAGGGAAGGUGUCAGCCAAAAGCACUAGACAGGUGAAGAAAGCCUUUGAAGGCACUGCGCUGGCAAUGACCAAAGGAGCCCGGAUCAUGGGUGCAGCCACUGCAGGUCUCACCCUUGUGCUAGAUGUGGUCAGCCUCAUACAAGAAUCAAAUCAUUUGCAGGAGGGGGCAAAGGCAGAGUCUGCUGCAAAGCUGCGGCAGCAGGCUCAGGAAUUGGAGCAGAAGUUGCAGGAGCUCAUCCAGGUUCAUGACAGCCUGACUCAGUGACCUCUUCUUCAGUGCAGCUCAGAGGAGAGGACUGGGGGUGGGGUGUGCUGGACAGAGCCAUGGACUCCUCAAUGUAUCCUCUUUAUACCAAUGCCAGAUGGUAGUAGUGCCUGUUAGAGGAGAGGCCACAUCAAGAGAAAGGAAACCAGAACACAGAACACAGAUGGAACAGGCUUGUUACCUUCCACUAGACUCCACCUUCCUCUUAGAUCUAACAACCUCUAGCAUCCCACAUAAGGACCACGCUCCCAAGCUGGGAAGAACAUCCAAGGCCUGACUAAGCCACAGCAUGGCUGCUCCUCAGUCACACCCACCACACUGCUCCUAACAGAGGCUCACCAUCCUCACAGGUCCCUGAGCUGCCAACUUUCCCACUGCUUUCUGAUUGCUUGCAUAGAGACCUUUUCCUCCUUCCUAGUUCUCUGCCUCAUUCUGUGUUUUUCCAAUUAUUUCCAAAUCUUACAAUCAAACUGUGGAUAUGAAUUCCAUUUCUUUCUUUAUGGUUUGGUCACAUGGAGUGAUGGGUGCCUUUGAUGAAAUACUCAGAGGGUAGAGAGGAAGGGAUGCUGGGAACACCAUCUGCAGGGUCAUCACAGGUUCUUGGUUUUAUGUGCCAGCCGUGGACACUACAAGGAAGGAGAGGUGACGGGAUGUGGCUGGUGAGUUCUACUCUCUGCAAGCAGACUCUUGAAGAAACCACAAGGCUUAAUUCUUACUGAAGUUUCAAAUCUGCUGCCGUAAUUGGAUGAGAUCUGCUGAGAUGCACAUGAAGGCUCCUCUUGGUCCAUAAUA